AUGGCGGACGAGAAGAUCGCCAGUGCUGGUUUCGUGGAUGUCACCAGUCCGGACAGCAAGGAAAUCAACGAGAAGACGCACGAGGCCGGCGUAGCACAGGUCACCUCGCAUGAGCCUUACGAUGCUGCUUCUCAUAACAUCAACAUCGGAGAGUUCUCCGCAAACCCAGCUCCCCGUGGAGACCACGAUCAGAACUCCUUGAAGGAGGAACUCUUGGAGGAAGAGGUUUUAGAUCUCUACAAACCAUUCCCUAUCAACGACCAGAUUGCAGCCGAAGACCACAUUCUGACCAUUCGAGCUAUUGUCACUGGCGUCAUUCUUGGAUCUCUGGUCAAUGCAUCCAAUCUCUACUUGGGUUUGAAGACUGGCUUCACGUUCAGCUCUACGCUAUUCGGUGCCAUCUUUGGUUACGGUAUCAUCAAGUCAUUUUCCAAAUGGACUCCAGGAGUGCCAAUUCUCGGGGGAGCUUUUGGGCCCCAGGAAAAUGUCAUCGUCCAGGCCGCAGCCACAGGUGCCGGCGGAAUUGCUGGCAUCUUCGUUGCGGGUCUCCCUGCUAUGUACAAGCUGGAUUUGUUGAGCGACAGUCCCAAGCAGGACAUUGGAAGGAUCUUCACCAUCACUAUCAUUUGCUCUUUUUUUGGCCUCUUUUUCGUGACCCCUCUGCGAAGGUUUUUCGUUAUCCAGGUUGCGAGAGAGUUGAAAAUGAUGUUCCCAACUCCAACUGCAACUGCUUUGACGAUUCGCACCAUGCAUGCUUCAGCUACUGGUGCUAAAGAAGCAAUGUCAAAAUUGAAGGCGAUCGGUAUUGCGUUCUCUGGAGCCCUCAUCCACAGAGUAGUAUCAUAUUAUGCUGUGGGUAUAUUAUAUGACUGGCACGUCUUCACAUGGUUCUUUAUUUGGAGUGGGUACAAGAAUUGGGCCUUGAAUAUCGAGAACUGGGGAUGGUUCAUCGAGUGGACACCGGCCUUCAUUGGCAGCGGAAUGCUGAUCGGUCUCAACUCAGCCAUCUCCAUGUUUGCUGGGUCGGUGCUUGCUUGGGGUAUCAUCGGUCCUCUCUUGGUUCACUAUGGGACUUGCGUGGGAAAACCAUACUUCCCCCCCGAUGACCCCAAGUGGUCAGGUUACAUGAGUUUCACCUCACUCAGCAAGAUCGGAGCACCUGGUUGGGUUCCUUCCCCUAGAUACUGGCUGCUCUGGCCUGGUGUCAUGAUCAUGGUGUGUGUGUCUUUGGCUGAGCUGUUCAUUCAAUACAAGAUCAUCGCCUACGCAUUCAAGUCACUCUUCCAAAGCGGCUGCGCUUCACUCCAGGCAUCCGCCCAGAGGCGCGGCAAGAGUUACCCAUUCAUCGAGAAACACGCCGCUAAACAUAACAAUGCCGACGUCGUCGAAGACCCUACCAGACCUGAAGAUCAAGUUAAAAACUGGAUGUGGAUGCUUGGUCUGCUUGUUACCAUUGUUAUCGCGAUGAUUAUUUGCCACUUCCAAUGGCAAAUGCACCCAGGAUUAACUAUCCUCGCAUGCCUUCUUGGUUUCUUUUUCUCGUUCCUCUGUGUCCAGAUCGGAGCGGUCACUGAUCAAACGCCGCUUACUGCCGCCUCGAAAGCAUCGCAGCUCGUCUUCGGUGGAGCUACAGCCGGCGGAGGGUACAGCACCAGCGCCAUUCAGCAUGCCCAAAAGCUCAACUUGGUCGCUGGUGGUAUUGCUUCAGGAGCUGCAGACGUUGCAACAAGUCUAACGGGUGACUUCCGAACCGGUUUCCUAAUGAGGACACCCCCAAUAAAGCAAUGGUACGCCCAAGCUUUUGGCACCUUCAUCUCCGUGUGGUUGGCGCCUGGCCUGUUCGUGCUCUUUACAUCCGCCUACCCGUGCAUCCUCCAUCCCGAUCAGUACGAGCACUGCGCCUUCCUGGCCCCGUCAGUGGCGGCAUGGGCUGCCGUAGCGCAAGCUGUCACCCAACCCAAGAUCCCGAUCCCUCUCUCCUCGGGCAUCUUCGCUGUGGUUAUGGGCGCAUUCGCUGUUUGUCAGGUCGCCUUCCGUCACUUCUACCUUGUCGGUCCACGCGAGAAAUAUCGCGCUUACCUUCCCAACUGGGGAGCAAUCGCACUCUCCUUCGUCAUCCCUCUCCCGGUCUUCACGAAUGCCUCGUUGAUUGGUGCCGUUAUUGCGGCGCUGUGGGUUAAGUACAAGCCGAAGAACUGGGAGCUUUACGGUUAUGCCGUUGCGGCGGGUCUGAUUGCUGGUGAGGGCAUGGGUGGCGUCAUCGGCGCCAUCUUGCAGCUGACUGGUAAGUCGGGUGAUAUCUAUGGGACGCAGGCUGGCUGUCCUGGGGAUUCUUGCUAG